CCUUUCCGGGAGGAGCGAGGUUCGGUCAGUCUCCCUGGAUCCCUCCACUGCGCAUGGCACGUUGCGUACCUCCCUCCCAGCAACCGGCCUGGCGGCAGCGCGGCUACAAAACUGAGGAGGCGGAGCCGAGACGGAGUCGGUACUGCGCUCUGACUCCUAGAUCAGUGUGUGCUAAGGGCCUGUCUCUACUCCACAUGGCCAUAGUAGCCAUGUUGCUGGAUUAAAAUUCCUCUACAAGAAAUAGAAAAGGAGGGCUGGAGAGAUGGCUCAGCAGUUAAGAGCACCGACUGCUCUUCCAGAGGUCUUGAGUUCAAUUCCCAGCAACCACAUGGUGGCUCACAACCAUCUGUAAUGGGAUCUGACGCCUUCUGAAUCUGGUUUAAGGUUUUGAGAUUGAAUCAGGCCUACACAGUAGGAACCCAUGUCUUUUCUUGUAAGUAAACCAGAGCGGAUUAGGGCCAAUGAGGCGAGCUCAGAAUCCAUAGCAUCCUUCUCCAAGCCAGAGGUCAUGAGCAGCUUCCUGCCAGAGGGCGGGUCUUACGAGCUGCUCACCGUCAUAGGCAAAGGGUUUGAGGACUUGAUGACAGUGAAUUUAGCCAGGUACAAACCAACCGGAGAGUAUGUGACAGUACGAAGAAUCAACCUAGAAGCUUGUUCCAAUGAGAUGGUGACAUUCUUACAGGGGGAGCUGCAUGUCUCUAAACUCUUCAGCCAUCCCAACAUAGUGCCGUACCGAGCCACCUUCAUCGCAGACAAUGAGCUGUGGGUCGUCACGUCCUUCAUGGCGUAUGGCUCUGCAAAGGAUCUCAUUGGCACACACUUCAUGGAUGGCAUGAAUGAACUGGCGAUUGCAUACAUCCUGCAGGGGGUGCUAAAGGCCUUAGACUACAUCCACCACAUGGGCUAUGUGCACAGGAGCGUCAAGGCCAGCCACAUUCUGAUCUCCACGGACGGAAAGGUCUGCCUGUCCGGUUUACGCAGCAACCUUAGCAUGAUUAGUCACGGGCGGCGCCAGCGUGCAGUUCAUGAUUUCCCCAAAUAUAGCAUCAAGGUCCUGCCGUGGCUCAGCCCGGAAGUCCUCCAGCAGAAUCUCCAGGGCUAUGAUGCCAAGUCUGAUAUCUACAGUGUGGGAAUCACAGCGUGUGAACUAGCCAAUGGCCAUGUCCCCUUCAAAGAUAUGCCUGCCACUCAGAUGCUGCUAGAGAAACUCAAUGGCACGGUGCCCUGCCUGCUGGACACCAGCACCAUCCCCGCUGAGGAGCUGACCAUGAGUCCCUCCCGCUCCAUUGCCAACCCUGGCCUGAGUGACAGCCUGUCCGCGGGUGGCCUCCGGCCUUCCAACGGCGACUCGCCUUCCCACCCCUACCACCGAACCUUCUCACCCCACUUCCACAGCUUUGUGGAGCAGUGCCUCCAGCGCAACCCUGACGCCAGGCCAAACGCCAGCACCCUCCUGAACCACUCCUUCUUCAAGCAGAUCAAGCGGCGUGCUUCGGAGGCUUUGCCCGAGUUGCUCCGCCCAGUCGCUCCCAUCACCACCUUCGAGGGCAGCCAGCCUCAGGACCACAGUGGGAUCUUCGGCCUGGUCACAAACCUGGAAGACCUGGAGGUGGAUGACUGGGAGUUCUGAGUGUCUGCAGCCGGCGUCCUCCAGCUGGGGUGGGGUGAGCCUCCUUGAGGACCUGUACCUGCCUCUGGCUGCAGACUGGGUUCAAAGGACACUCUGCCGCAGAGCUGGCUGCUGGCUACUUGAAAGGACAUUCUAGAAGGGACUUCACUGUUUUUGUGGCUUUUGAGACCCAGGGAAUCCCAGUCACCAGGGACUUGGAGAGGCCGGAAAGCUGACAUCCUGUUGUGUGAGCUCAGGGGACCUCCUUAGAAGGAAGAAGCACUGCAUGGGCCCGAGGCUCAAGGCCCAGAGUAACGUUUGACCCCGGGACCUUCACAUCCUCUUCCCAGCACUUGCCCCCAGCUAGCCUGCUCCCUCCUUCCUCUCCUCCCGGGCGGGGUGGACGCUGUAGGGCUGAAAGGGGACGAGUCCUAAGCCGUCUGCCCUUCCCUCAGGGUCUCCCCAGUAUACCCAGCACCAGGGCAGUUGAGGCUGGGACUGGCGAUCCUCACCUCCCCCUCUCUUGGACCCUGACAGCUGAAGCCAUCUUAGCUCAUUGUUUAUUACACUCCUCCUCCUGCCACUGCUGCCUUGGUGCCUCCUCCAAGGGCCACACACACACACACACACACACACACACACACACACACACGCACACACGCGUCUUGCCUCAUCUGAGGGCUAAAGAGUCCUUAUGUUGUAUUAGUUUCAUUGUCAGAACAAAUUAAACUUUUCAGAGUAUGUUGGGAACGGCA